GGUAAAAAGGGCAAUCGCUUUAAAGCGGACAAAAAAAAAAGAGGGCCUUUUGGUACCCGGGAAGUCUCUGCUAGAAUGAUAGGGAUUUCGAGCUCUCCCUUCGCCACUUGCCCAACCCUGACAACUAGCCGUUGCCACUUCGCCGCCACUGCAAGCGGUCGUCAUUCUCCUCCACCCCUACUCUGGCUAGACGGAGGCUCGAACAGACGACAGAGUAUUUUUCGAUGCCGGAGCAAUGGAAGAAAUUCCGCUUCUCCUUCAGGUGAUAAUGACAGUAAAGUUGUUCUUGAUGCAUUCUUUUUGGGAAAGGCUUUUGCGGAGGCACUUAAUGAACGUGUGGGUUCAGCAUUAGGUGAGGUCUUAAGUGUCUUCGGUCAAUGGCAAGCUGAGCAGCAAAAACAAGUACAUGAUUUUCAGGAAGAAGUCAUAGAGAGAGCAAAUAAAGCUAAGAAGAAGGCUGCAAUGGAGGCCUUGGAUGCACAGAGCAUCAUUUCAAAGUCUCUGAUAAAACCUCCAACGAGUGAUGCACCUGUCACACGGCCAUCAAAUGUUGGUCCAACAACAGAAAACCCUCUCAGUGAAAUACUGAAGGAUUGAGUUCUUCUGGAUUUUCUGAUUUUUGAAGUAAAAACUGCAAUAAAACGAGUAUGAUCUCCAUCAUCCUCUGGUAUUUGAUUCUAAUAUGCUUAUCCAAAUAUAACAUUAAUGGUGAGAAUUGCUUGACAUAUAAGCAAAGGGAAGGGAGAUGAAGAGUUGUUAGAAUUGAAUUAUUGUCACAAUUCAACUGAUCAUGAUUUUAGAUUGCUUGAUCAUCAUAUUUGAUUCCUUAUAAUAA